AUGACAGAGAAGAGCCGUCUUUUAGACGAUGAAAGCUUGAGUAGCAUUAGAAAUAGAGAAGAUAGAAGUCAUCUCAAAUCUUUAGUGAAAGUUAUUAAGUGGUUAACUGUUGCUUUAGUUUUAAGCGCUAUUAUAGGCUUUACGCAAAAACCAUCCACAGGGAGAAAUAACAAGAAGUCUCAAAAAAAGAAUGUUAUAUUCAUGGUGACUGAUGGUAUGGGACCGGCAUCGUUAUCAUUAGCUAGAUCUUUUAAGCAACAUAGAGACAAAUUACCUAUAAAUGAUAUUUUGGAAUUAGAUAAAUACUUAAUUGGAUCGUCAAGGACCAGGUCAAGCUCAUCAUUGGUGACAGAUUCUGCCGCUGGUGCAACGGCAUUUUCUUGUGCAUUAAAGACCUAUAAUGGUGCGAUCGGUGUUAGCCCUGAUAAAGCACCUUGUGGUACCAUUUUAGAGGCAUUAAAAUUGCGUGGGUACCUAACUGGUCUCGUUGUGACGACUAGGAUUACUGAUGCUACGCCGGCAGCUUUCAGCUCUCAUGCUGAUUACAGAUUUCAAGAAGAUUUGAUUGCUCAGCAACAACUCGGUGAGUAUCCAUUGGGGAGAAUGGUAGACUUGAUUCUUGGUGGUGGUAGAUGUCACUUUUAUCCAAAUUCCAUUGAGGGGGGGUGUCGUUCAGAUGAUAGAAAUUUGAUUGAAGAAGUUAAGGCUAAAGGUGAAUGGUCAUAUGUUGGUAACAGGGAGGAGUUCGAUGCUUUGAAGCUGGGCGAGAAUGUCUCUUUACCUUUGUUGGGUUUGUUGGCAGACACGGAUAUUCCUUAUGCGAUCGACCGUGAUUCUUCUGUUUAUCCUUCUUUGGCAGAACAAGUCAAAGUUGCACUUACGGCUCUUUCUAAAGCAACUGAGGAUUCUGAUGAAGGUUUCUUUUUAAUGAUUGAAGGUUCAAGAAUCGAUCACGCUGGUCAUCACAAUGAUCCAGCUGCCCAAGUAAGAGAAGUUUUAGACUAUGACGACGCUUUUAAAGAGGUAAUCAAAUUCAUCGAUGAAACUGAUAUUCCAACAGUUGCUUUGUCUACUUCGGAUCAUGAAACAGGUGGCUUGGUCACUUCGAGACAGGUUUCUCCUUCAUAUCCAGAUUAUUUAUGGUACCCUCAGGUAUUAUUAAAUUCAACUCAUUCCGGUGAUUACUUGGCUACAAAGAUCGUGAAUACUAAAGAUGAAAACAUUUUAGACAGCUUCAUAUCUAAGCAAAUCAUUGAAAAAGAAAUGGGAAUCAAAGAUUAUACAUCUGAUGAAAUAGCGUUGAUAAAGCAAAAUGCCAACAAUCAAGGUAACUUAUUAUAUGUUUUAAACAAUAUGAUAUCUUUGAGAUCACAAACUGGUUGGACAACUCAUGGUCACUCUGCAGUCGAUGUUAACAUUUAUGCCCAUACCAACUCCGAAGACAUUAAACAGAAAUUGUUUUCAAAUAAAGAAAAUUAUGGUUUAUUAGGAAACCAUGAGAAUAUCGAACUUGGUCUCUUUAUGGAGUCUAUCACAGAUAUUGAUUUAAGUAAAGUUACGGAAAUGAUCAAAGAUACACAUCAUUCGCCUAAUUUCGCCAUCAAGGGACAUACAGAAUUUGAUUCAAUGCACCAGAAUGCAAUAAAUUAUUGA